AUGGGUUUUAAACGUCUGCAUGAGUUUAAUGUUGCUUUGUUAGCCAAGCAAGGAUGGCGGCUAUUAACCAAUCCGGAGUCCCUUGUGGCUCGAGUUUUUAAAGCCAGGUAUUAUCCUACUUCUUCGUUUUAUGAAGCCACAAUUGGUGGUAACCCGAGUUAUGCUUGGAGAAGUAUUUUCGCAGGUCAGGCGUUACUAAAGUCUGGAUGCAGGCGAAGAAUUGGUAACAGAAGGUCCACAAGGGUUUUGCAUCAUCCUUGGCUACCUAAUGUUAUUGAUCCUUAUGUAACCUCGACCCAUCCAGGCUUGAGUCAGGAUCUUCUGGUUUCAGACUUGAUAGAUAGUACCACCAACGGGUGGAAUGAUGAUCUACUUCACCAGUUGUUUGCCCCACGAGAUGUAUUGCUAAUUAAGCAGCUCCCAGUCAGUUUGGAAUGUGAUGAUGUUUGGUUUUGGGACAGGGAUCUGAGGGGUUGCUACUCGGUUAAGGAUGGUUACAGGAGGUUGGGAGAGGUAAAUGGCCCAUGUUUGCCUGACAUCUUGCCUACUCUCAAUAAUUUAAUUAAUAGAAGGGUUGAGUUGGUUAAUAUUUGCCCAGCAUGUGGCUUGGAGGAGGAAGAUGUUAUGCAUGUUUUAUGUACUUGUUCUUUUGCUUCACAAGUGUGGAAUUUAUCUCAACUGCUUAUCCCUUCUUUUAACGGCAGGAGUUUUAGGCAAUGGACGGAGCAAUGGCUUAGCAUCUCGGCCACUUAUAAUUCAGAGGCUCAGGGGAGGAUUUGUGGUUUGUUAUAUGAUAUUUGGACUGCCAGGAAUGAGGCGGUUUGGGAUGGUUGUUUGCCGGUGCCAUUUGUGGUAGUCAGGAGGUUCACGGCUAGAUGGGCUUCUUGGACUGCAACCGAACAGCACCGCAGCACCACACGAGUAUCACAUGCACCCCCGGGACCGGCUUCGGUACUAGAUGAUGGAGUGAUUUGUCGAGUAGAUGCGGGCUUCCAUGGUCCUAAUCAUGCACCAGCUUUUGGUUUUGUUGUACAGGAGAUGGAUGGAGCUUUUGUGGCGGCAGGGAAUGGACCUCUUAUUUGCCCAUAUGACCCCCUCUUGGCGGAAGCGAUGGCUUUGUAUGAGGCUUUAUCGUGGCUAAGGAAUAAUGGCUUCUCAAAGGUUUCAGUUUACACUGAUAGUCUUGUCUUAGUUUCUAGUCUUAAUCAUGCUAGUUCGUUUCGUACUUAUUUUGGUUACGUUUUGCAUUCUUGUAAUCAUUUGUUAGCUGCUAUGACUAGAUCAGUAGUAAUUCAUGUUCGUAGGGAUGCUAUACAGGUUGCCCAUGUAAUGGCUAAGCAUGUAACUGCCUCUUUGGCACGUUCUCUUUGGAGGGAUGUUUCUCCUUUUCUUGAGCCUGGAAUGGCUAAUGCAAUAUAA